UCCAAAGGUGCGUUCACACAACAGACACAAGAAGAAAAGCGAAUAGAUUAAUCAUAUUUUCAUGGCAACAACAACAACAAAAAUGUUGACUUUCCAAAGUCCAUAUCAGCGUCCGACUGGGCACCAGUUCCGCACAGCAGCUGCGCUGCACGCAAUGCGGAAGUGGUCAGCGUGCUUCUAUGACAACGGCAGUAAACAACAUGUCGCCGUGUGUGUGAUCUCAACUUCAUCACCCCCCCAUCUCUCUCUCUCUCUGAAAGGAAGGCCUAUCGAUAUGUCGUCAAAAAGUGACAACAAGCUCAGCCCCUGUGGUAACCGGAGGAGAUCGAACGCGACUAAAGAGGACGUGAAGGUGAUGUGUCCGCAGGAGCGGGCCCGGUACCUGGCCUACGAGGAGCCGCCGAAAGAGGCGAAGACCUGGAUGGCGAUGUCUCGGCAGCGGGUGUCCGCAUGGGAGUCUUCCGGCGCUGGGGGGAAGAGACAUACAACUGUCGGUCAUCAUCACUGCGACGAGAGGGACGAGGAAGAGAAGAAACGGCAAGAUCUGAUCAUAGGACAGCUGAAGGCCGCGGAAGCCCGCAACAGAGUUCGGCAGAUGAGACUGCAGUAUCGGAGUAUGAGGACCCAGGAAAUCAAUCUAAUGAUUUCGUGCCAGUCCAGCGCCCAGACCGCCGUCCGUCUUGAGUUGCUGCUGCCAACGGAGGAAAGCAAGAUAAAUACCAUCGAUUGUCUGGACAAACUGCAGAGAAAGCGAGUCGAGGAGAUCCUGGACGACGAGAAAGGAUUGACGAUAACCCGCCGUUGAGAGUGGAGACCUGCCGUCCUCCUGCUGUGUAACUGUCCUCCUGCUUUGUAACCGUCCUUCUGCUUUGUAACCGUCCUCCUGCUUUGUAACUGUCCUCCUGCUUUGUAACUGUCCUCCUGCUUUGUAACUGUCCUGCUUUGUAACCGUCCUCCUGCUUUGUAUCCGUCCUUCUGCUUUGUAACCGUCCUCCUGCUUUGUAACCGUCCUCCUGCUUUGUAACUGUCCUGCUUUGUAACUGUCCUCCUGCUUUGUAACCGUCCUCCUGCUGUGUAACUGUCCUCCUGCUUUGUAACCGUCCUUCUGCUUUGUAACCGUCCUCCUGCUUUGUAACUGUCCUCCUGCUUUGUAACCGUCCUCCUGCUUUGUAACCGUCCUCCUGCUUUGUAUCCGUCCUUCUGCUUUGUAACCGUCCUCCUGCUUUGUAACCGUCCUCCUGCUUUGUAACAGUCCUCCUGCUUUGUAACAGUCCUCCUGCUUUGUAACAGUCCUCCUGCUUUGUAACUGUCCUCCUGCUUUGUAACCGUCCUCCUGAUUUGUAACUGUCCUCCUGCUUUGUAACUGUCCUGCUUUGUAACCGUCCUCCUGCUUUGUGACCGUCCUCCUGCUUUGUAACCGUCCUUCUACUUUGUAACCUUCUUCCUGCUUUGUAACCGUCCUCCUGCUUUGUAACCGUCCUCCUGCUGUGUAACCGUCCUCCUGCUUUGUAACUGUCCUGCUUUGUAACCGUCCUCCUGCUUUGUAACCGUCCUGCUUUGUAACUGUCCUCCUGCUUUGUAACUGUCCUCCUGCUUUGUAACUGUCCUCCUGCUUUGUAACCGUCCUCCUGCUUUGUAACCGUCCUUCUGCUUUGUAACUGUCCUCCUGCUUUGUAACCGUCCUCCUGCUUUGUAACCGUCCUCCUGCUGUGUAACUGUCCUCCUGCUUUGUAACCGUCCUCCUGCUUUGUAACAGUCCUCCUGCUUUGUAACUGUCCUCCUGCUUUGUAACUGUCCUCCUGCUUUGUAACCGUCCUCCUGCUUUGUAACCGUCCUCCUGCUUUGUAACUGUCCUCCUGCUUUGUAACUGUCCUCCUGCUUUGUAACUGUCCUCCUGCUUUGUAACUGUCCUGCUUUGUAACCGUCCUCCUGCUUUGUAUCCGUCCUUCUGCUUUGUAACCGUCCUCCUGCUUUGUAACUGUCCUGCUUUGUAACUGUCCUCCUGCUUUGUAACCGUCCUCCUGCUGUGUAACUCUCCUCCUGCUUUGUAACCGUCCUUCUGCUUUGUAA